AUGGGCACUUUCUUCGGCCACAUGUGCCCAGGGCUGUUCCUAGUGACCUAUGGACUCUAUCAGGCCAUAGUGGUCUCCAGAGCUGUGAUAUUCAAAGACUCUCUCCUGUACCUUUCAUGUCCUCCCAGGAAUACAGGAAGAUGGGCACAGCUGUGGAAAAUAUCCUACGGAGGUUUGCUGAAGGCGGUGACGGGCUCCGUCUUGAUAGCUUACGAGAUCAACUGCGUUAAAGGAGGAUUGAUGCUGAUGAGCAGAGAUUUGCCACCAAGGUUUAUGUACCCCAAGCAGUGGCAGCACCUCACCAUGUUCCUCCUCCUCACCCUCAGUGGCUGUGCAGACGUCAUAAGCAAGAACCUGCUGCCUCAGAGGUGUGUGGCCCUAGAGAAAGCCACGCAGGUCCUGGGCUUCUACGUGCUCCUGCUGCUGCUGGUGACGCACAGCCAGGGCUCUGUCGGGGUGGAGCUGCAGGUGCACACGCUGCUCAUCCUCGUGGUGUUCCUGCUGAUGCUGGUGCUGACGGCAGAGCUCUGGGCUCCUGAGACCUCUCACCUCUCGCUCCUCGAGACCUUUCUCUUCCUGAUGAUGGGCUCCUGGCUGAUGCAGGCGGGCUUCAUUCUCUUUCAGCCGGUCUCUGGCUACCCGUGGCAGGAUGAUGACAUCAGUGACAUCAUGUUUGUCACCACUUUCUUCUGCUGGCACAUGGUGCUCAACGCCCUGUGCCUGCUGGGCAUCUAUGGCGCCUCUUUCUUUUGGCAUCGCUGUUCCAGGCCCAGCUCGAAGCUGACGAGAUCCAAAGGCGCCCUGUAUUCCAUGAGCGCCGGGGAACCCCUUUAUAAGUUGCUGCAGCAGGUGGAGCAGCCAGAGCAGGAUGACCAGGCGCUGGUCCUUUCAAAGAGCUCGUGCUGA